CUAUUAACCUUGGGUAGGGGACCGAUUGACAACAGCGUUAAAGAGAGAAAGAGAUGGAAUCCAAUGGACAGCAAUGGCGGCGCUCUGUCCAGGUGUUCAGUAUGGGUUAUCUUCACAACAAAAUUAUGGAGAAAAUAGAGACUUAAUUUUUGUUAAAUUGACUGAUUCUGCUUUGCGUGCGAUAGAUGACUAUAUAAAAAAUCAGAACAAAUUUUACAAUAACAAACCGAAGAUCCAGUUCCUAGGGGAAAAUGGGGAACUUUCCUUUCCGUCUUUACAUCAUAGUAUGGGUAGCACUUCCUUCAGAUUUUCCAUGUCGAGCACGGCCGACAUGGAAGGUCAAGGAGGUAGCUUCGAAUGUAUCAAACAGGUAGGACCACCAAGAGGCCCUUUGGAAGGUCUAGGUUCCAUACCAUAUAAAAUUAGGAUUCAUGCUAAUGAUGACGUUUAUGAGGUUACCAGAAAUAGAAUGACUGAAGCUGAAGAUAAAUAUAAAAAUAAAUGCACAAGAGAGAUAAAGCCGAAUCAAACUGAUAUUGGACGUAAAGUGAAGGUGAAGCAAAGCAGAGCAUCAGUUCACCCUGUGCGUAGAGAAAUGCCUUCGAUGCGCGACAGCCUUCUAAAGCAACCGUCUCAACCUUACCAACCUAAACCCUCCAUUGCGCCUCCAUCGCCGGUAUCGGCAGUCCAUUCAUCGACCAACGGCCAUUUGUCCAACGGUCUUGGCAGCAAUCACGUUAGUAGCUCUAGGCCGUUACUCAACGCCGCCAAGAAGCUCUCUGUUCCAGAAAUAAGACGUCCUCCUAAUUAUAGUUCUCAAAUUUCUAGCCGUAAACCGCAAACUUUAACACCACCGGGAGGUGGUGGUAGUGAUGGUGGCAGCUCGGGUAGCGGUCAAUCUCCCACCAGCACACUACCAGGAUCGCCGCCCCUUAUUUCUACUACAUCGACGGGUAACAAACGACCAGGAUAUCACGAGGGGUCCGAUGGAUUUUCAUAUAAACGACAACGUAUCGCCCACAACGCACCCAAACAUCACCCCGACCAAUUGUACCACCAACCAGUGGAAAAUAACAGUCAAAGGAGACCGGUGACUGAUUCUAGAGAUUCCAGUAAUAUGAAUCCUCGAAGUAGGGAAUCUCCUUCUGGUGGUGGAAUCAGUGGAAAUUCAGGUGGUGGUAACGGUAACUAUGGGCUUGUCAACGGACACUCUAAUAAUUUAACGGCGCUGGAUGUUAAAGUUAAACGUGAUUCGAGUGAUGAUGACGACGACGACGAUGAUGAGGUUGGAAAGAGAGCAUGUGAUAGUCAUUUCGAUGUAAGCCAAGAAAAGACAUUCGUCGAUAAUCGUAGCGUAUCUCCGGCUGUGAAAAUGGUCGAAGUCGAUAAAUGGGAUCGAGACAAACUUACCAACGAAAGACAAAACGGUACAAUGAAUCGAAUAACGAACGGUAUCAGUCCGACUCAGCAUUAUCAGACGAGGCCUCAGUACGUUCCAACGGAAAGAACAGCUGUCAAAAAUCAUACGAACGUCACUUCUUCGACGGAAAAUAGGAUAGCCAGAGUUAGCCCCGAUAGUCAGACGGAAGGGUUGCCUAAUGGCGAUAUAGACGCAAACUUUAACAAUGAAAACGAAGACGAAUUUCCUGAUUAUAAAAAAGAAUAUGUGACAAUCCGAGACGCUGAACAAAGAAGGCGGUAUAAAGCAGAUUUCAAUGCUGAUUAUACAGAGUAUAGGGAUUUGCACAGUAUUGUCGAAAAAGUUUCUAGAAGGUUUGCUCAGUUAGAAGAACGCCUAAAAAAGGAAGAAGAAAAUAGUCCAAAAUUUAAAGACGUGAAAAAGCAGAUAGUUCGAGAAUACCAAGAAAAUAAAAAGAACAUGAACCAUCAACGAGCGAAACGACGGUUUCAAUAUCUGCACGAGAAACUGUCGCAUAUCAAAAGACUAGUUAUGGAGUACGAUCAAGAGAUGACGGACUCCCGGUACUGACGCUGGGUGCAGGUGGCCGCUGGCCCCCCAAAUGCCCUACUGCCUUUCUACGGACAUUCUCAAAGAGGACAUCACGAAAUGUAUAAAACAAAUCAUAUUUUCUUAUUCGUUUAAACAAUUUCUUAUUAGUGCAAUUGUUUUUGUUUGGAGUUGCGCGACCACAGUUCGAUCUGACAAUUUUUUUUGAGCCGAUUGAGAGUAAACAGAAAAAUAUACUGGUCGCUUUGUUGAUGGUUCUUUUCGUAUAUUCCGUGUACACGAUUUUUGAUUAAAAAUAGGAACACUUGCCGAUCUACAAAUGCUUGAUAAUCUUUUAUGUAAUUUUGAACGAAAAAAAAAAUGGGUUAGAAGUUAGGGGUCGAAAAUUCUAGAUGCUUAUACGGGAAGAUAACUGUACAUAUUGAAUAUUUCUUCUUCUCAACCGCAGGACUAAUGGAAGUAUUUCUUCUCGAGAAACGUCAUUACAUUUAUGGAAGUACUUCCUGUUUUUAAUAUUAUUUAUUUUUUUCUGUAAACAACAUUUAUAGGUAAAGGAUUUUUUUUGGUACCUCAUCUGUCGUUUAUUUGUCCACAUAAAGAAGUUGUCGUUGCCAAAAAACAAUUUCGGUACCUUUUACAUUAUGUUAUUUGGGCAAAUUUAUUUUUCCGAGUGAUAUGAAUAGUGUGCAAGUCUUAGGGUGGUUUCAGGUGGAGAAUGUAUACAUUUUUUACUCAUUUAUUUGUAUCUGUGAUUGUAGGUAUACAUGACAGUUUGGAAAACAUUUGAUCAACUCUUUUUGUAUUACCGAUUGGUGUGUUAUGAUAGCUUCUUAGUGUUUUCUUUUUACCCGGUAUGGAAAAUAACAGAAUGGAAAGAGAAAGAAUAAGGGAAAAGAUCAAUGUGAUGUAAAGAUUAAAAACUUUUUUUUUCGACUUCUGGCAUAGAGCAAUCGGUUUGUAAAUAAAUUGCCUCGAUAAAGGUAACAAGUUUUUUUAAGUAGUUGAAAUUGUAUUGGUUUUAUGUUAUUUUCGUAUUUUUAGAAAAAUUUCGUUAUUUUUGAUUGGUUAGUGAUAAAUUAAUUUUUUUAUAGUCUAAUUACUACAUCUGUUCAUCUCUAUUUGUAUUUUUAGAUACAUUGAGAAUUGAAAUGAAAAAAAAUUGCGACGAUUUUUUUGUCGAUUUAACAAACAAAAACUAAAGUAGAUCAUUUCACUGUUAAAAGAUAAUCAAGUAUAAAUAAACCAAGGUAUGGAUGACGAUUUAACAAAGUUUACUGUACAAUUUUGUUAGAUAUUUUGUUUUGAUUUUGUGAAUGCUUUGAUGGUACAUUCCAUUUUUUUGUGCCAAUAGGACAAGUGUUUUUAUUAUGCCAUGUUAAUAUUUUUUAAAGAAAACCGUUCAGAGCGAUAAAAUCAGUGUUUUAUAAUAAUUAGACAUCAUAGAAUCUCAAUUAAAUUGUUUAUUGAGUCACCAGUAAAAUUGUAGUGGCAUAAAUCAUCGAUUUUAAUUCUCGAUGCUUUAAAAGCUAUUAGAUUGUAUAGAUUAAUGCCUGUUAAAUUGUAGUGGCAUCUGUCAAUUGAUUCCUGAUACUUUUGAAUUCACUAAAUUGGGAAGUAAGUCCAUGAUAAAAUUAUAGUAACAUCUGUUAUUUAUGAAUUGAUCUUCGGCGUCAAGAUUUUUUUCUGUGUAGCUAUUAGAUUAUGUAUAAAAUUAUAAUGUCAUUUGUCAACAGUUUUUUUGGCAUUUAGAUCAUUUCCAAUUCUUCCAAAUACUUAUAAAUCUAUUAGAUAGUGAAUAAUUCUUUCCUAUAGAAUAAUUGAUGCUUUCAAAUUUACUAGAUUGUGUAUAAAAUUGACAUGUUAAUCUCUCCCAAUCGUUCCUGAUACUUAUAAAGCAAUAAAAUGUUGGGUUUGUUGCCUACUGUAGAAAUCCUGAUGCUUUUAAUUUGUUUUUUGUGAUUUCUAAUGCUUAUAAAGCUAGUGAAAUGUUCAUUAGACAUCAAAAUUGGUUCCUGUUUAAUUUCUGAUACCUCAAAGAUAUUAGAUUGUGUAUAAAAUAAUAUUUUCAUUUGUCUAUAUUUUUUAGCUAUCGAGAUUACUCCCAAUCGUUCCUAAUACUUAUACAGCAAUAAAAUGUUGGAUUUGUUGCUUCCUGUAGAAUUCCUUAUGCUUCUAAUUUGCUCUGGUGUGACUUCUGAUGCUUUUAAAGCUAGUGAAUUAUUCAUAAGACAUCAAAAUUAGUUUCUGUCCAAUUUCUGAUGCCUAUAAGCGUUCCUGAUACUUAUAAAGCUAUAAAAUGUUAGAUUUGUUGCUUACUGUAGAAUUCCUGAUGCUUCUAAUUUAUUUUGGGUGAUUUCUGAUACGUUUAAAGCUAGUAAAUUGUUCAUUAGGCAUCAAAAUUGGUUCCUGUUCCAAUUUUUGAUGCCUCAAAGCUAUUAAAUUGUCUACAAAAUUACAUUUUAAUUUUUUUACCAUUUUUUUGGCAUCAAGAUUCCUCCAAAUCCUUCCUGAUUCAUUCAAAGUUAUUAAAUAAUGGAUUAGACAUCAAAAUUGCUUCCUUUUAAAUUUACAAAAUUGUAUAUAAAAUUGAAAUGUCAUUGGUUAACACUUUUUUGGCAUCGGGAUUACUUCCUAUCUAAAUCCUGAUGACUUUGAAGCUAUUAGUGUGUGCAUUAGACAUCAAAAUUAAUUGAUAUUUAAUGUCUUGUGUCCCAUAGCUAUCCUAUUGUGUAUAAAAUUAUAUUUUAAUUAGUCUACCACGUUUUUGGUAUCGAAAUUAUUUCCAAUUCUUCCUUAUUCUUUUAAAGCUAUCAAAUAGUAGAUUAGACUCAAAAUUGCUUUCUGGAUGAUUCCCGAUGCUUUUAAAGUUACUAUAUUUUGUAUAAAAUUGAAUUGUCAUCUGUUAACCCUUAUUUGGUGUCAUACAGAAUUUCUGAUGCUUGUAAAUUUACCAUAAAGUGUAUAAAAUUGAAAUGUCAUCGGUUAAUCCUUACUUGGCAUCAAAAUUACUUCCUAUCUCAAUUCCUGAUGUCUUUAAAGCUACUUAGUUGUUCAUUAUACAUCAAAAUUGCUUCCUGUAGAAUUUCUGAUGCUUUAAAAUUUACUAGAUUAUGUAUAAAAUUGAAAUGUCUUAGGUUAAUCCUUUGUUGGUAUCAAAAUUACUUUCUAUCUCAAUUCCUGAUGUCUUCAAAGCUACUGAAUUGUUUAUUAAACAUCAAAAUUGGUUCCUAUUCAAUUUAUGAUGCUUUAAAGCUAUUAGAUCAUGUAUAACAUAUUUUCAUAUGUCUACCAUUUUUUUAUGUAUCAAGAUUACUUCCAAUCCUUCCUAAUACUUUUAUAACUACUUAAUUGUGGAUUAAAAAUUAAAGCCAUUAUAUCGUGUAUUAGAUAUCAAAAUUGCUUCCUGCCCAAUUCCUGAUACUUAAGCUAUAAACUGGUGGGUUGUGCAUCAAGUUUGCUUCCUCUGUAACUAUUGAUGCUUCUAAAGCCAUUAGAUCGACAUCCGUCAUCAGUAAUUUGUGUUUUUGAUGUUAGUAUGAUCUUGUGGAUAAAAUCCAGAACGGCACAUUAAUAUUGCUCAAUUAAGGACAUAUCGAAUGGCUUCUUAAAUAGCAAACGGUUUCUUUAAAAAAGUUAACAUUUCACAUUUCUUGCCAGAUUGAUUCUGGUGGAGGUAAAACUCGUUUAAAAAUAGUAUUCUAAAUUGUUUUCCUUUAUUGAGAAGAAUACUGUUGAUAAAAAAUUAAAUUAUAUAUAUAUAUUAUAUAAAAAAGGUGUUUUUGAUAUUUAUUAUAAAAAACAAUCUCGUCCAAAAUAACUGUAGCCUCUAUAUUUCGCCUAUUUUUUUUGAGAACUAUUUAAAAUGUUGCACUAGAUUUUUUUCAUUUUAGAAAAGAAAAUCUUUUAGAUAGUUCAUCGAAAACAAAGAUAACUUAUAUUCUAAAAUAUAUAAUCAAUUUUACCCAGAGAGAUUUUUUUGUUGUUGUUUGUAAGCAGCUGUGGAAGUUAUUGUCUCAAAAUAAGCUGUUAGUUGAAAAAUUUCGUUUUACUUGUAGUCAUGAUGAGUAUAAAUAAUCUGAGCUUAUAUUGAUUUCCGGAAAGAUGAUAAAAAUGAUGAAGUGAAAACGUAACGACACGAUAAAAAAAUGCGUUAUUAUUUUAGAAAACUGAGCUAAGGAUUUUUUUUAUUCUCCUUCUGAUUUAAAAUUACUUUCUUUUAUAACUUUUUAAAGAUUAAUCUUGUUAAAAGAUAUUUCUAUUUUGAUUUUAUUCUUAUUCUGAUAUUUAAGAACAUUUAAAAGCAUAAACAUAUCAAAAGGUCUAAGAAAUAAGAAAUCUCUUUUUUUGUUAGUAGGGGCAUGGAUGAUAGUCCUUCAGAAAGAACUACUUUUUUAUCUUGUUCAUAUCUGGGAGUAGAAAUUUAUCUGUAAUAGACUUUUGAAUUAUAUUAUUGUUAUUUAAAAAAUCACAAUAAUGUCAUGAGGAAAUGUUUUCAUAUUUCAAAUAUAUACCAGACAAAUGAUAAUAUAUUCGAAAAUCAGAACACUGGAAAAGAAAUAUUAGAUCUUCCUUUUUUGUAACUUUAUAAUGCUUGACUUUUCUUAACUAAUUAGUCUUUCACAUCACUCACACCAUAAAACAGACUUUACCAAUUGGCACCACAGCUCGAUGUGAGUCUGGACUCUUCGACAUUUCGCUUCCAAACUGUCUCUUCUUCAUCAACGUUCCUCACUCUUUCAUAUUUGUUGUUUGUAAGUCUUCGUGAAAUUGAUUAUCCAUCUAAUACGAGGUCUGUCUCUUUAUUUUACUGCUGCAUAUUAAAUGGUUCAAUAUUUCCUUCCAGACCUUGUAACCUUAAUAAGAUUUCAUCACAAUUUCUUCAUGAAUGUCAAUCAAUCAAACUUUUCUUAUGUAUAUAGCUUUUGUAUGGCCUCACAAUCUGCUGGUUUUUUACUGAACACACUAUUUACAGCAACAUUCACAAUUACACUAUCUGACACGCGUUUCUAUUACCAAGUUAUCAUCUUCAGGACUGAAGGCGAAGAGUUUACCUGAGGUAAUAUCACCAACGGUUCUAAAAAUUCAAAUUGCUGUUUUUAAUUAGGCAACUAUUGGAAUAUUAUUUUCUAUAUCAUAAUAACAUUUUUAAUUGUUACACGUUGAAAUAUUUUUAUCUUAAACAUUUUCAAGUUUCCCAAAUAUGUCUUCUUUGUCUGAUAAUUUAAAUUAGUGCUUCUAAUUUGAUUUAAAUCCUGUAUUUCAUCUUGAUUUUGCAUUUAUAAUAGCUAAUACAACGACUAUUACAAUAAAACGCUCUCUCCAACAACUGGAAGAAUAAAUGUUCUUGCAUUAUCACUGUAGACGAUACUUGGUCGACUUUUUUUGCAAUAAAUGAUUUGAAAGACAGUAACUAAUUAUAUAUUAUUAAUAACAUUAAGUCGUUAAGUAGUUGUUGUAAAAAAGGAAGCUCGUAAUAUUUUAUUUCCAGUGUAUAUAUUAUCAUUUCUCGUGUAGACAUUUGAACAUAACCAUUGCUUUCUUCUAAAUACUUUGGUUCAUGUACUUUGAGAUGUAGAGGUUCAACUAAGUUUAACCAAGAUUUUAGGACUUGCUUAGGAUCCUUGCAUUCUAAAUGAACCAACUGUGAUGCAUUUCUUAAACGUAGGUUUAGAUCGGUUUUAUAUCAGGAAUCGAGUCAACCCUUUCAAUUUCGUGAAUGGAUCUCACUUCUGUAGGUUGUAAUCGAUGAAAAUACUUGGUGAUAAAAGCCCACGACUCAGCAUUGCAUCAUAAGGUGGUUAAGUAGACUUUGCAAUCUCCUAAAUUCUUUAGAAACUACUUAGAAGGUGCAAACACACAUAAAAAGGGUAUUGGUGGGCUUUUCACUCAUUUUUGCAACCAAUAUACCUAAUAAAAAACAGUAAAAAUAUUUUCUUAAAUACUCAGUUUGUAGUUGUCCUCUUUGAACAGGUUGUAGAGAACCUUUAUUCAACCCAAUUUUUGCACUCACCCCCGUUUGGACAAAAAUUUUAUUUGGUACCUUUUUUCAACACAGACGAUGUGUCUUUGUAUAAAGUAAAUGUUAACUUGAAUUGAGUUGUUUGCAUUUAGAUCGAAUUUCAAAUAAUUCAUCCAGUUUUGAAAUUUACUUUCUUCUAAACUCUUCAAUGAGGUUUGAGGAUUUGAUUAUCCUGGUUCCUAGUGAUUGGCAGAUCAGAAGUAUAAGUUAGAUCCUUGUCGUAUCCCUGAUUUGAUUGGAUGUUUAUUUAUCUUGACAAAAACAUGUCUGUAAUCUUUGGAACUUGGAAGUUUAUUUUUGAUUAUGUAUAACAACCCUUUGUGCCAAACCUUAUCAAAGGCUUAUAUGGGUAAUAACCUUAUUGGACGGUAUGAUAUUAUUUCAUUUUAUUUUGGAAACCUUUAUUAUUUCCAUUGGAGAGGAAAAAGAUAUAUCCUAAGUUCUGCGUUGCUGAUAAAUUGAACGAAUUUGAAUCCUUUAAUUGGUAUUUCUUGUAACACACUCUCCGUUAAGAAUUCUUUGUGGUAGUAAGAUCUCUAGUUUGAUUUCAGGGCAUGAGAAUUUUUUUACAGGUUUAUCUAUAACUGCAGCGUUGUUUUUUGGUGACACAAAUUAUAUUUUCAGAUAAAAAUAUUAGAUUUAAAUUUUGGAUAUUAUCCGCUCAGCUAUUCUGAUCGAAAUAUAACUAGUGUCGUGUUGUACAUAACCUCACUUUUCACUUCAAUGGGGACUACAGCUUUUAUUUCCACCAGCGAGCGAGGUCUUUCAAUGUAAUUGUCCAAAUUUAUUAUUAAAUCUUCCUAUUAAUGUAAAAGGGAAGAUACAAGUUAUCGAUAUACAAAAUUAACGCAUAUGGUGGUAAAUUAAAAUUCUGUACCCCUAAUUUGUGAGAUGAAUGUUGUUUUAUGUAAGCUCUGAUUUAAAUAAACUCCAAAUUUGUGUCAAUUUAUCGAUAGUGCCAAUUCUUAAUUAUAAUCACCAAAAAAAAGUUGUGAUUGAUUGUGUUUUGAUGGUAAUACUGCAUGUUUUGUUAAUAAAAAUUAAAUCCUCAGAUAUUUAGGUUAUAUUUGUUGAAAGAAUCUUCGAUUUCUAUGUAUUAUAUAUUAGUUGAAAAGAAAAAUAAAUACCCACAUAAACAUAUGCGGACUGAGGGUAAAAAAAUUUUUGUCUCGUAUUUGCUUAUUAUGAAUUUAUUUCAAAAUAGUAUAAUCUCAUAUAUAUAUAUAUAUAUGUCGGCCCGCGUGUGAGUUAAAACUAGAUUGUAAGCUUAUUUAGGAAUUGGAAUUAUUAUAUAAGAUUUAUCAAUUGUUAAAGUUGGUGCAUUAUUAAUCAUCUUAAAUCACAACACUAUAAACUUUUAUCACAAUAUCCAUGGGUACUUCGUGUAUCAUUUUGGUCCAUAAGAUUUAUACUUCCACUGUUUUUUUUGGUCGCUUUAUUUUCUUAUCGAUCUCCAUCAUUUUGGUUGUCUCUUUAUACAUGAAGGUGCUGACAUGUGGAAAGUUUAACCAAAAUUUUAAAAAAAUCAAUCUACGGUUAGAUAGGAUUUUUUUUCAAUUCCUAAAUUUAAUUACAGAAUUCGUUUAUUGGAAUUUUUACUCGCAAGUUAAUCGGUAUUGUGCCUGUGGAGACUUCCAAGUCCACGGUGCUGUUUCACUUUAUACUAAAAGAAAACAUCCAACAGGUUGGUAGUAUUGAUCAGUUGGAAAAAAAUUAACUACAAUGGCAAACUUUUUUGAUCAAAUUAGAGUAAUAAAAGGUGCUUCCACAACGUUUUAUAAUAUUUAUAUUGAUUAACAGAAGCCAGUUUCAAUAAGAUAUUAAAAUAAGGUUAAUAGAAACUUCUAUUAUAAACAAUCUGCAAAAAGCGAAGAAAAUCAUUGAAAUAUUAUUGUAUACUGUUUUAUUUCCAAUUCUAAUCAUUCCUAUCGAAAUGCAGUGACCAUGGAAUAUUUUCUAGUACUAAAGUGACAUGCUAAAAAAAUAUAUUCAAACAAAAAAAUGCUAGGAGCUUUUUCAAAGAUAUAGAAAAUUUUUCACAGUCAAGUAUGUAUAUAAAAAAAUAAUAACAUUUUUCUCAAUAUUUGUAUAAGGAAAUUUUUAGAGAAAUUGAUUUUGAUUCGAGAUUCAGUUGUCUACAAAGAUAACUCAUCGGAAAACACUUGUAUGCAUUUCAGAAAAGCAUUACCGAUAGUUUCCAAUAUACAUAUAGUUCAUCGUGAUAUACCCUGUAUAUAUUUCGUUUUUAUCGCACUUUGUCAAUAAUUUUAUUACAUAUUAACAUCAGUUAUUUUAAAAUUUUUAAUUAUUCAGAGACGUGCCUUUUUAUUGGGCAUAUAAAAUGAAAAAAUAACUGAAAUAAUUUUAAUUUUGAAUAAUUUUCUUUUUAAUCAGUAUCAAUUCAUUUUCCAUUUGAAGUAAAUGUAACAAUCAGUGUAGAAACAAUGUCAUAUAGAUCACUAUUUCCAUUAUAAAUCACAUCUUUGGUACUUGUAGAUUAUUUGGAAAGUCGUUUUGCCUUUCCAAUCGCUCUAGAGGUUUUUAAAGUAAUUUCUCAAGGUGUUAGACCUACUCCUUCGGGAUACUUAAGUCAUUUGCUGAAAUGGACAGAACAUUCGCAGAGUAGAUACUAUACAGCAUCAAUUAUCUUGCUCGUAAACUCUCCUUUAAGUACCAAGACUAUUAUCUUAAGGUUGUAUCCCACUUGUCAGACUGACCACUAGUCUAAUAUCGUUUUUGGAUAUCUCGAAAUGUUCCUUAGACUUUUAUGGUUAAGAAUGUUUUGGAUUGUCUUAGACUCUAUAUGAUCCUUUAGCAAUCCAUUAAGUUUGUGGUUCAAAUGACAUCUCGUGAGGCUACAGUAUGGUUAAGUCCAAAAUAUGGAAUUGUUUCCACUUUCUGCUUCCUCAUUGUCUGGUGGUUUGAUAGCUUUAUCAGAGUUACUUCAUUUCUGUUAGCUGGUGUUUUUAUAUAUGUUUACACUCCUAUGCUAGCUUGGACGUGCAUUUAAUAAUUUUCAGUACUUUCAAGGGCACUUGGUUAUCAGAUAUAAUAUUAAUGUACUUUCUAGUGACCACAUAAGUUUAUUUCUAACAACUUUGCCUGAAAAAUAUUGAUUGAGUCUUUGUGAUAUGGAUUUUGGUCCAAAAAUACCCUUACAUUAGCAUCGAAUCAUCUGUGUACCAGAAAUAUUCAUUUCGAGUUUACGGAUUAUCUUUAUUGACCCAAGAUUUGUGGUCAUUGAUUACUACUUCAAAUGGGAUACCUAUGUCCAACAUGCUAUCCAUUUGGUCCAUUAUUUAGUAACUAUUUUCAACCUUUAUCGUUAGGAGACCUGUAAGAUUUCCUACUUUAAUUUCUCAUUCUGAAUUACUGUGUGGACACCUUCUUCAACUCAGUAAUGAAGAAGAAAUUGAUUAGUUCGUACUUCGCUUUGUAUUUUAAGGAUAUUAAACAUAUUUGUUUCAAAAUAUUACAAAAGCAAAUGCAUAACUUUUUACCCUAGUUUUCCUGAAAUAUCCUAUAAAAAAUAGUUUAGUGCGAAAAAUCAGAUCAGUACUGUAGAGUGGAUGAUCAACGGCUCCCAGCCAAAUUUCGUCAAAACAGCUACUGUGUGUCAAGGAGCAGUAAGCAGGUUUCUUGUUUUAAAUGACACUCUACAGCGUUUACUGUUUCACCAAGUGAAUUGGCAAAAUACCCUUCCUAUAACCAGAGAAUCGUGCACAUCUCUUUCUGAACCUACAGCCUGUUUGAAUUUCGUCCUGACCAUAGAUCCUCUAUGCUUGUAAAUCAUAGAUUGCUGCUUGGCUUCUUCAAGUACUUAUUGCAGAACAAUGAGUGAUGCUUCUAAGCCUUGAAUUUUUUGUUCUAGUGUCAAGUUUUUCUUUUUCCACAUACUUUUUGCCCCAAUAUCUAGUCAAUUUCUGUUAGGCAGUGUAUAUAUAGCUUUUGGUGAAAAUCUUCCAUAUUAGAUGUAUAUUUAUUUUGAACAAUCAAUGUCUCUCUUUUUUAUUGCAAAUUUUAAAAAAUCAACUUCAAAUCUUGGAUUUGGUUGAAAUAUUUUAUGAAAUUGAGUAGCAUAACCUCAACAAAAUACACUUUAAUUUUUUUUGUAAUGAUUUUUACUUACGGGUAAUUUUCCAACUAUCUAUACUGUUCAACUGUUAGAUGUGGAUAUGAACUGGAAAAAAAUGUUAAUUUGAGUUUUACGAACAAGGUGUAAUGCCGAGGCUGUUGGACCUGUUUCAAUGUUUCAUUAUUACUAUUAUUGAAUUUUAGUUUGUACAUACUGUAUAUUUUCAGUUGACAUUUUGUGACAUUCUCAACAGAUUCGAGAGUGAAUCUAGUUGUAUCUUGUUUAACUAUAAUUGAAUUUGAUGUUUUGUUUUUUGACAUACGUGCAUAUAUUUUUUUGCUUAAUUUUUAAAUUAAUAGCAAUACACUUCAUAGUAGUGAUGUAAAUUUUUUGGAAUUGAAUAUUAAUAUAUAUUAUACGCGAACAUUCAA